CAGCCUUUCCUCUCAUCCCUGGGGGAAAUUUUGCCCCUAAAAACUUCUCGAGGAUCGGGUCCAUUCCUCAAGGGGGCAAAAUUUUCUCUCGCGUCUCCCGCUGAAGGAAACCGCCAGCCGUCAUCGAUCGUACCAUGUCGAUGGAGGCUGGCCGCACGAUCCCCAAGUUCGGCGCAUGGGACGUGAACAACCCGUCCUCCGCCGACGGGUUCACGGUUAUCUUCGGCAAGGCCAGGGAUGAGAAGAAGGCCCCCGCCACCGUCCCCGGCCCCGGCAACGUGCAGUACAACAAGAUCAACAGGCCCGGCGACGACAUCAAGGAUGCCAGGGCCGAGAAGAUGAACCCAUCCUACAACAACAACAACGCCAACAACGCCAGGACCAACGGAUCGAAAAAAUGGUUCUGCUGCGUGUCGCCAAGCCCCACGCAGCCUUGAGACAGCGGCAGCUGGAAGGGGGCUUUGAGAGUGCGAUGGAUGGAUGGAGGAGAGGAUCAGUGUCAAGCUGCUGCUGCUGCUGCUUCAUUUAUACAUUACUAGUACUAUCGUACACACACGCACACGCUUGGGAGAAGGAGAUGAGACGACAGAAUAUGUUCUGUUGAUGCGAUUCUGUGAUGGUUGUAUGUGGCUCUGCCGGUAGCAAGGCACGGGCGUUAUGUACGUAUGACGUUCGCAUAAGAAGCUUGCUCAUACGGGUAUA